UCGGGCAGGGAGGUGGUGGCUCCUCUGUCCCCAGACCGAGCCCGUGAGUGACACCCGAGGCAGAGGAGCCCAGAGCCAUGCAGAGUCUCGGGGCCCUGCUUCUGCUGCUGACCGCCUGCGUGGCGCUGUGGGCCAGCCCCGUGCCGACCCUGCCUGAUGACAUCCAGGUGCAGGAGAACUUCGACGUCUCUAGGAUCUAUGGGAAAUGGUUCCUUGUGGCCAUGGGCUCCACUUGCCCGUGGCUGAAGAAGUUGAAGGACAGGAUGUCCAUCAGCACGCUGGUGCUGGGAGAGGGAGCGACGGAGAGGGAGCUCAGCACGACCAGCACUCGUUGGCGGAAAGGCGUCUGUGAGGAAGUCUCCGGGACUUACGAGAAAACAGACACCGAUGGGAAGUUCCUGUAUCAUAAGUCCAAAUGGAACGUCACCAUAGAGUCCUAUGUGGUCCACACCAACUAUGAUGAGUAUGCCGUUUGUGUGAGCAAGAAAUUCAGCCGGCGCCAUGGACCCACCAUCACCGCCAAGCUCUAUGGGCGGGAGCCACAGCUUCGGGACAGCCUGCUAGACGAGUUCAGGGAGACUGCCCUGGGCAUGGGCAUCCCCAGGGACUCCAUCUUCAUGAUGACUGACAGAGGUGAGUGUGUCCCUGGGGAGCAGGAACCAGAGCCCAGUCCACUCUCGAGAGCCCGGCGGGCCGUGCUGCCCCAGGAAGAGGAAGGAUCGGGGGCUGAACAGCUAAUGACUGAUUUCAGCAAGAAAGAGGAUUCCUGCCAGCUGGGCCCCGCGGAAGGUCCUUGCCUGGGGAUGGUCACGAGGUAUUUCUAUAACGGCUCGUCCAUGGCCUGUGAGACCUUCCAAUAUGGUGGCUGCCUGGGCAACGGCAACAACUUCGUCUCGGAGAGGGCGUGUCUGCAGACCUGCCGAACUGUGGAGGCCUGCAAUCUCCCCAUAGUCCAGGGACCCUGCCGAGCCAGCUACAAGCUCUGGGCAUUUGAUGCUGCCCAGGGGAAGUGCGUCCUCUUCAUCUAUGGGGGCUGCCAAGGCAACGGCAACAAGUUCUACUCGGAGAAUGAGUGCAAGGAGUAUUGUGGCAUCCCUGGUGACGGGGACGAGGAGCUGCUGCCCUUCUCCGGCUGACCGGUCCAGAGGCCACAGGGUGGCAGGGAGGGCAUGGGCCAGUGUCUGUCCCAGUGCCCCAUGGCAGGCCAGGCCAAGUGACCUGGCUUCAAAUAAAAACCAAAUUGUGGA